GUGAACGGGGCUUCACUUGAAAAAUGAAUCAUCACGACAUUUUAUUUUUGACGUUUCUACCCGUUCCUCGGUCCCUCCUACUUGCCGAAAAGAGGUUAAUUCCCUAUCAUAAAAACUGGAAACAGUUACUUUUGCAAUUAUUUAUUAUAUGUGAUCAAUGGAAGCAGUAGCAAUUUCAGUUUACCAUAAUUGAGGUUCAUCUUUUCAGAUAUAACUGCAAUAUUGUUUUGUUAGUAGAAUUUUUAUUAAUGACAGAGAUAAGCGAUACCUAACAAGCAAACGGUUGCUGUGUUGAUCAGCGAAGCCUUCCAAUUUCUAACUUGUCGGUCGUAAACUGGAGUUAUAUAAAUAAUGAAUUUUAAAUGAAUGAUAAAUCUUCUAGUAUUCUCAAAAUCAUGUCUAGAAACAAUUUAGAUGGGUCACGAAGCUUCUCAUCUAACAGCUGCAACAGUACUGCUUCAGAAUUCGAAAUUGUAGAAAAAAUUGAAAAUGGAAUAGAGGAAUUAUCAGUUUCUAGAAGCUCGAAAACAUCAUUAUCUGCUUCAAAAACUCAGAAAGCUAAAAGAAUUAGAUUUUAUCAUAACGGAAACAAAUUCUUUCCUGGUGUUGUAGUACCAGUGAAUAGUGAUCGUUACAGGUCUUUUGAUAGUUUGACGACUGAAUUGACUAAUUUACUCACUAAAAAUGUUACAUUACCUAGUGGGGUGCGACAUAUUUACUCCAUGGAUGGUAAAAAGAUAACUAGCAUAGAUGAAUUCGAAGAUGGGAAAGAGUAUAUAUGUGCUGGUAAAGGAGAAAUUUUUAAAAAGGCUGAAUACUCCAAAACGGAUACAUUACGUUCUAAUAAAAGGAAAACUGGUAACAAACAACCGAGUAAUACUUCUUUACCAAAAGUUGUUCCUCCAAAUUGUAUACGUCCUCGAAUAGUUACACUUAUUCGAAAUGGAAUCAAACCUAGAAAGGUCUUACGUUUAUUGUUGAAUAAACGGAAUUCAUCAAGUAUGGAUCAAGUACUUGGUGCAUUAACGGAAGUUGCUAACUUGGAUUCAGGAGCAGUACGAAAAGUAUUCACCCUAGCAGGUCAGACUGUUACAGAUCUAUCACAGUUUUUCUCUGAAGAAGAUGUAUUUUUUGUUUGUGGGAAUGAGCGAUGUAGUCAAGAACAUUUUGAACUCGAUUUUGAAGAGAGUAAAGCAAUACAACAGUACAAGAAAACGCCUGGUCUCAAAAAUGGAAAUGGUCCCAAACCAAAAAUGCCAAAAAAGUCAUUGAAUCGUACUUAUGUUUCUGAAGAAAGUAUUUUAGAAAAAUUGAAUGAAAAUAUAAACUCUUGCCUACCUGCCCAAUUGAAGAAGAAGUAUACUGUUGGCAGAUCUAUCGGAGAUGGUAAUUUUGCUGUAGUACGAUUAUGCAAAGAUAACAGUGACAAUAAGGAAUAUGCUUUGAAAAUUAUAGACAAGUCCAAAUGCAAAGGAAAGGAGGAUAUGAUCGAAAAUGAAGUCAAAAUCCUAAGAAAGAUAAGUCAUCCAAAUAUUAUGUCAUUAAUAAGUGAUCAAGAUACUAAGAACUUGUUGUUCUUAGUUUGCGAAUAUGUCCAAGGAGGAGAUCUUUUUGAUGCUAUUGCUCUAGCUCAAAAGUUUUCAGAAGAGCAAGCUGCCCUCUUGAUUAACCAUCUAGUUUUGGCCUUAGCAUAUUUGCAUAACUUGAAUAUUGUUCAUCGGGAUGUCAAACCAGAAAAUUUAUUGGUCGAGUUUGAAAAUAACAGAAUAAGAACAUUAAAAUUAGCUGAUUUUGGCCUAGCGUGUGAAGUAACAAAACCACUUUAUACAGUUUGUGGAACACCAACCUAUGUAGCUCCUGAAAUUUUAGCAGAAUCAGGUUAUGGAUUGAAGAUCGAUGUUUGGGCAGCAGGCGUUAUUUUGUAUAUUUUGCUGUGCGGCUAUCCACCAUUUGUUAGUCAAGACAAUGAUCAAGAAAAACUAUUUGAUUGCAUACUCUCAGGUCAGUAUGAUUUUCCCGAUGAGUACUGGGGAGAAGUCUCAGGAUUGGCCAAGGAGCUCAUUCAAAAUAUGCUACAACUAGCUCCUGAAAUAAGAUUUUCAGCAGAAGACGUGCUUGAUCAUCCAUGGCUUCAACUUGCACAGGAUCCCUUUAUGCCGAAUAAUAUUUUCGAAUCUGUGUUAUUUUUUAAAAAAAUACCGAGGUGAAGAACUGGAAAGUGGUUUGUAACAUUGGAUAGUUGUACUCAAUUCACGUCACAUAAAGCAAUAUUGUCAAAUACUUUGUUAUUUAAUACGAAAUAUAUUCCAUCCUAUAUAUUUUUUCAAUUAGCUCAAAGUUAAAUGUUUAAUGAAUUCCUCAAAUAAUACAGAAAGAACAACUUUUACGUACAAGAGAAGUUAAGUCUUGAAUUGAGCCAGUUGGCUGAUUAGGAAGUGAUUCAUUUUUUGUUUGUGGCUGAAAGUCUUUUUGGUUAUUUCAUUUUUUUCAUACUGAUUAUCAACAAUAUUUGAAACUCCAGAAUCUUAUGUUCAAAAGUUCUUCAAGAGUUUGAUACCUUCAUACAAAGAAAUAUCAAUUCGAAUUAGGUGGAAAAAUUGAAUAAAUCUUUAUAACGAUAUAAAUCAAAAAAGGGUUGUAGAUUUUCAAUUUUGUAGGAAUUCAGUUUACCCUCAGGAAAUUUUUUUGUAAUAUUAAUAAAAAUCUCGUUUCCAAUAAAGACUGAUAUAGUUUAUGAAAAAUGUAUUCACUAAUAACAUCCUAACAUUAAGUCUCAAAGAAACUGAAUUUGCUACAUUGAUUUGGUACCAUUUUAAAACAUUUUCGUUUUCAUUAGCUUUUCAUGAAGUGAAUAGUAAGAAUGAUAACAUUGCAUAUCAUAUUUAGAACCAAAGUUUUUUUUAGGUUAAUUCCAAAAAUAUUUACAAUUUCAACCAAUCAUUCAAAGUUGUUUGGAGUUAUAUUUUUUUUAUUAUAUAAUACAAAAGUGAAUUUUUUUUUAAUUGCCUCGGUGGCAAGUUAUUGCAAUGUUGAAUGAACGUUUGUGAUGAAUUUUUAUCGAAUAUUGAUAAUUUCGUAUUUGUAUUUAUUAUGUAAUGAUAUUAGUUUAAUGAUUAUUUAUUUAUGCUUAAGGACAUCACUGUUCAUUUUACGUGUUUUAUUUUUAUAUUUUAUAUGUACUAUAUUCAAUUUUCAAUAUUGAAUUGUAAAUAAAUGCUUCUAGUUUUA